CAGGUGUAGCGCUCCCUGCGCUCCUUUUGUCAGCUGAUGACGAUUAGAAUGAUGCAACUCGUUUUCCUCCUGCCAUAGACUGGUUAACAUGACUUGUCACCAAGUCUAAAACAUUUAGGCAAAUUUGUUUCAAUGUGAAUUUAUCCUUUUCGCCCCAAACGUUGCUCGUCUGAGGCACAGUCUUUGACCUACGACCCCUCCGCAAGCAAACCCCGCCCCUCUGCAGAGAGAACGGGUGCUCCAUUCAAACACACCAAACUCCUUGCCCCGGGAUGCGACAGUGGCUGUAGGUACCGAGAAAGGCGGCAGCAGAACCGGAACAACGCAGUGCAGAACCUCGGCACCUGGAUCCAACAUUGAACAGCCUUUUCUAUCAACAGCACCCCACCGCCCCCCGGAACACUCACAGCUCUGACUGCUAGCAGGAGGCUAACAGCUACAGCAACAUGGCGAGCGCUUCGUACCACAUCUCCAAUCUGCUGGAGAAAAUGACUUCCAGCGACAAAGAUUUCAGGUUUAUGGCCACAAAUGACUUGAUGACAGAGCUACAAAAGGAUUCCAUUAAACUGGAUGACGACAGUGAGAAAAAGGUUGUGAGGAUGAUUCUUAAGCUGCUGGAGGACAAGAAUGGAGAGGUCCAGAAUCUAGCUGUGAAAUGCCUCGGCCCACUGGUCAGUAAGGUGAAGGAGUACCAGGUGGAGACCAUAGUGGACACCCUGUGCACCAACAUGCUGUCAGAAAAAGAACAGCUCAGAGACAUUUCGUCUAUUGGACUCAAGACUGUGAUUGGAGAGUUGCCUCCUGCCUCCAGUGGUUCUGCACUGGCUGCCAGCGUCUGUAAGAAGAUAACUGGUCGGCUCACCAGCGCCAUCGCCAAACAAGAAGACGUCUCGGUCCAGCUGGAAGCGCUGGACAUCAUGGCUGACAUGCUGUGCAGACAAGGAGGCCUGCUGGUUAACUUUCAUCCCUCCAUCUUGAGCUGCCUGCUGCCACAGCUCACCUCACCCAGACUGGCUGUUAGAAAGAGGACCAUCAUGGCUUUGGGUCACCUCGUCAUGUCCUGUGGCAAUCUGGUAUUCAUUGACCUCAUUGAGCACCUUCUGACUGAGCUAGGCCGAAACGACAACAUGUCCACCACCAGAACAUACAUCCAGUGCACGGCAGCCAUCAGCAGACAAGCUGGACACAGGAUCGGAGAGUACCUUGAGAAGAUCAUCCCACUGGUUGUAAAAUUUUGUAAUGUUGACGAUGAUGAGCUGCGAGAGUAUUGCAUCCAGGCUUUUGAAUCCUUUGUCAGGAGGUGUCCUAAAGAAGUUUAUGCCCAUGUCCCCACUGUCAUCUCCAUCUGCCUGCGGUAUCUGACCUAUGACCCCAAUUACAACUUUGAUGAUGAAGACGAGGACGACAAUGCCAUGGAUUCAGAACAGAAUGAUGAAGACUAUCAAGGCAGUGACGAUGAGUACAGCGAUGAUGACGACAUGAGUUGGAAAGUGCGGCGAGCAGCUGCAAAGUGUUUGGAUGCCGUCGUCUCCACACGUCACGAAAUGCUGCCAGAAUUUUAUCGCUCAGUUUCACCCGCGCUUGUAUCUCGUUUCAAGGAGAGAGAGGAAAAUGUGAAAGCAGAUGUUUUCCAUGCAUACCUGUCACUUCUGAAGCAAACGAGACCUGCUCAGAGUUGGUUGGCCGAUCCAGAUGCUAUGGAGCAGGGAGAGACGCCGCUGACUAUGCUGCAGAGCCAGGUCCCCAUGAUUGUUAAAGCUCUACACAAGCAGCUGAAGGAGAAAAGCGUGAAAACUCGCCAGUGCUGUUUCAACAUGUUAACAGAGCUAGUGAACGUCCUGCCAGGAGCACUGACGCAGCAUAUCCCUGUUCUUAUACCAGGUAUCAUCUUCUCUCUGAAUGACAAGUCGAGCAGCUCUAACCUGAAGAUCGAUGCCCUGGCUUGCCUCCAUGUCAUUAUGGUUACUCACCCGGCGCAUGCUUUCCACGCUCACGUCCCUGCGCUGGUGCCACCUGUCGUUGCGUGUGUUGGGGAUCCCUUCUACAAGAUCACCUCUGAGGCUCUGCUUGUCACCCAACAACUUGUCAAAGUGAUCCGACCCCUGGACAACCUAUCAGAAGGCCCAGACAGCUUCGACCCCUCCCCUUACAUCAACGACUUGUUCACUUGUACAAUCAAACGUCUGAAAGCUGCUGACAUUGACCAAGAGGUCAAAGAACGAGCCAUCUCUUGUAUGGGGCAGAUAAUCUGUAACCUAGGUGACCGUCUCCCCAAUGAGCUUCCUGGAACCUUGUUGAUCUUCCUUGAACGCCUCAAAAAUGAAAUCACACGACUUACAACAGUAAAAGCGCUGACGUUGAUCGCUGGCUCCCCAUUAAAAAUUGACCUGCGGCCUGUCCUCCCUGAUGCUAUUCCCAUCCUUGCCUCCUUCCUGCGCAAAAACCAGAGGGCUUUGAAGCUUUGUACGCUGGCAGCUCUCGAUAUCCUGCUCAGAAACUACAGCUCUGCAGUGACGCCUGUCAUGGUCGACGCCGUCCUGGCAGAGCUGCCUCCUCUCAUCUCAGAAAGUGACAUGCACGUGUCUCAGAUGGCACUGAGUUUUCUGUCCACGCUUGCUGUGACACACCCGUCCUCAUUGGGUCAGCUGAGUGAUGGAGACAUUCUCCAGCAGCUGAUUAUGCUUGUUCGUUCCCCACUGUUGCAGGGUGGUGCUCUUGCCGCCAUGCUAGACUUUUACCAGGCUCUGGUGACCACGGAAACGGCUGGCCUGGGCUACAUGGACCUGUUGAGGAUGCUGACCGGUCCAGUUUACUCCCAGAGUGCUGCCCUGCCUCACAAACAGGCAUAUUGCUCCAUUGCCAAAUGUGUCGCAGCUCUGACCAGAGCCUGCCCUACUGAAGGGCCAGCAGUGGUCGGCCAGUUCAUCCAGGAUGUGAAGAACAGCCGCUCUACAGACUCCAUCCGACUGCUCGCCCUGCUGUCAUUAGGUGAGGUGGGUCAUCAUGUGGACCUCAGCAGCCAACCGGAGCUCAAGACCGUCAUCCUAGAUGCUUUCUCAUCCUCUAGUGAAGAGGUGAAGUCAGCCGCGUCCUAUGCGUUGGGCAGCAUUGCCGUAGGAAAUCUCCCGGAGUAUUUGCCUUUCGUCCUGCAGGAAAUCUCCUCAUCAAAGAGGCAGUAUCUGCUGCUGCACUCGCUCAAGGAAAUCAUCAGUUCGGCAUCUGUGUCCGGGCUAAAGCCUUACGUUGAGUCAGUCUGGACUCUACUGCUCAAACACUGCGAGUGCCAAGAGGAAGGAACCAGGAACGUCGUGGCAGAGUGUCUGGGAAAGCUGACACUGAUAGAUCCUGAAACACUGCUGCCACGUCUUAAAGGCUAUCUGCUGUCAGGGUCCUCUUAUGCCAGGAGCUCUGUGGUGACGGCAGUCAAGUUCACCAUAUCUGACCAACCACAACCCAUUGAUACUUUGCUGAAGAACUGCAUAGGUGACUUCUUAAAGACUCUAGAGGACCCAGAUCUAAACGUGCGCAGAGUUGCACUUGUAACAUUUAACUCGGCUGCCCAUAACAAACCAAGUCUGAUCCGAGAGCUGCUGGACUCAGUUCUGCCACAACUUUACAACGAGACCAAAGUGAGGAAAGAGCUGAUCCGAGAGGUGGAGAUGGGCCCAUUCAAACACACAGUGGACGAUGGUCUGGACCUGCGGAAGGCUGCGUUCGAGUGCAUGUACACUCUACUGGACAGCUGCCUUGACCGCAUAGACAUCUUCACCUUCCUAAAUCAUGUUGAGGAUGGUCUGAAGGAUCACUAUGACAUCAAGAUGCUGACCUUCCUGAUGUUGGCCAGACUCUCCUCACUCUGUCCCAGUGCUGUUCUCCAGAGACUGGACCGACUGGUGGAACCACUCAGAGCCACCUGCACCACCAAGGUGAAAGCAAACUCAGUGAAGCAGGAAUUUGAGAAGCAGGACGAGCUGAAGCGGUCAGCAAUGCGGGCUGUGGUGGCGCUGCUAACUAUUCCUGAAGCUGAAAAGUCACCACUCAUGUCGGAGUUCCAGUCGCAGAUCUCAUCCAAUCAGGAGCUGGCUGCCAUCUUCGACUCAAUCCAAAGGGACUCCAGCUCAGCCAACAUGGAGUCCAUGGACACCAGCUAAACACACAGAUGAACAAAACUCCCUAGAUGCAACAUGGCAACACCAACCCCACCCCCUGCUGCCGGAUUGCUAACCCUGCAGCAUGCCAUCUGAACACACAGACACACAAACAAGAACACACACACAUUCACACACGUAGUGACACAUCCUCUCCUAGCAAUUGAGCGUUCCAUGAUGCAUUGCACUGAAGUCAGCAGAUGGAACAGAAGACGGAUCUUACUGCUCUCUCCGGCGGAUGAACAAAGAGAAGGAAACUCCAGAAAAUCUUUUCAUGCAGAGGCUUGGAAGUCCUGCUUGCUUCCUGUUUGUUUCUACGAAGGUCAUUUAUUGGGUUGAUGAUCGUCGUGGUUCUUAUUUUAAUAACCUAGAAUGAAUUUCAGGUACUUCUACCUGAUUGUCCGCCGCUGAGUGACUGACAGUUAUCAAAACUGACCAAUGGGAAAACUGCCUUUCUCCUGGAGCCGGUGUAACCGGCAGGAGACAGGCUUGCUCUUUUUUGAUUUUGUUUACUCAGAUGGAUUUCACCAACUUGUUAGGAUGCUUUGGGCAUGGUGAUAGGUAGGCGGGUAUUGCUGUUUGUGGACCAAUUGGCUUCUUUGUUGUGUCUGUUUCAAUAAACUUCUCGCCGCUGUCACCUUGAGAGAGCUUAUUGAACCAGGUCUGGCCAGACGUGACUGGACAGUACUGAUGUCGCCAUGGUAUUGCAGCGUGAAAUACGCCGGGUCAAUCUGGUCAGAAGCAGCUAUAACCAUAUAGAGGUUUGAGCUGAUUCAGCCAUGUUGAGUCCAGUCUGGUUGGGACAAUCCACUGUUUAUCACCUGAGGAAAAUAAAAGGUCCAUU